CGCCGGCAAAGCCAUUCGUCGUUUGUAAACGAAUGUUUGCAUAACGCUCAGUUUACAUUUUAAAAUAGUGCACUCGUAAACAGUAAACAUGUUGCGCAAAUAUUCCCCAUUCGCAUUGAGAGCAGUCGGCUCCAUAUUGCGGCAACCAACAUCGGGAGCAGCUCUUAAUAUGCAGCCACAUCAUCAGUUUUCUCAACGCUUCUAUAGCAGCAGUAGCACAAUUCCCAUUGUGGACUAUGCUGCUGUAAAGAAACUGCCAAGUGAACCACAGAAGCUGCUCAUCGAUGUCCGUGAACCGGAUGAACUCAAGGAAACCGGUCAGAUCCCCUCCAGCAUCAACAUCCCCUUGGGCAUCGUCAGCCAAGAGUUGGCCAUCAAUGAUCAGCUCUUCAAAUCCAAAUAUGGUCGGGAUAAACCUAAAUCCGAUACUGAAAUUGUAUUUCAUUGCAAGAUUGGCAGACGCAGCUUAAAAGCCGCAGAAGCUGCCGCCGCUUUGGGCUUUAAGAAUGUCAAAAACUACGAAGGAUCUUGGCUCGAUUGGGCAGAGCGCGAAGGAUUGCCCAAGUAGAUAUAAAACAUUUGAAUUUACUUGUAACAAUAAUAUUUUUAUUGAAUAUAAUUCAAUUUAAAUAAACCUAA